AUGCAGGCGCCGGCGCAGAAAAACUCAGAUGACCCGACGGCGGCCCUUGUCCAGACCGGACCGGCGGCGAAGCCCAUAGGCUGCGAAGAGGGGAUGAAUGUGGACGAGAUGCUUACGAGAUUCGCCGGCGAAUUUGGCCCGUGGCAGCUCCGGCAGUUCCUGCUGACUAGUCUUGCUUGGAUCCUCUGCGCUUUCCAGGUCAUGGCGGUGGUCUUUGCUGACCGGGAAUCGUCUAAGCCCAUCCCAUGCCCGGCCGGAAUCCGGUUGGAUCGGGCGUGGUGGUUGGCCCGCUCGACGGUGGAGGAGUGGGGGCUGAAUUGUGGUGAGAAGUACAAGGUUGGGUUGGCGCAGUCGGCUUUCUUUGCUGGAUCCAUGGCAGGUGCGGCAUUCUUUGGACACGUCUCCGACUCCUUCCUAGGCCGAAAAGGCGUCCUCACUCUCACCACCUUCCUCCUCACCGUCUUCUCCCUCCUCACCGCCUUCUCUCCUUCCUUCUUCACCUACUCCUUCCUCCGCUUACUCUCCGGCUUCAGCACCGGCGGCGUCGGCCUCUCCGCCUUCGUCCUCGCCACCGAACCCGUCGGCCCUUCCUUCCGCGCCGCCGCCGCAAUGUCCACCUUCCACUUCUUCUCCAUCGGCUCCAUUUCCCUCUCCUUCACCUCCCUCCUCCUCCCCUCAUGGCGCCUACUCUACGUCGCCACCUCUCUCCCCUCCCUUCUCUUCCUCCUCCUCGCCCUCCCCUUCAUCUCCGAAUCCCCUCGCUGGCAUCUCGUUCGCCGGAACCUCCCCGCUGCCAUGCAAAUCAUCCGCGCCGUCGCUAAAACCAACGGCUACUCCAUUCCCGACCGGGCCAUUCUCGUACACGACGCCGACGCGACCCGGCCCGUCCGGACCGCUUCUAUUGUCGACGUCAUGAGCUCCCACGUGACCCGCCCGCGCCUCAUCCUCGGGUUUCUAAUCAACUUCCUGAUAUCGGUGUCCUAUUACGGGCUCACACUCAACGUGGCGAACUUGGGGCCCGAAAUCCACGCCAGCGCUAUACUCAACGCGGUCGCGGAAAUGCCGGCGUACGCGCUCACGGCGGUGGCGCUGAGAUGGCAUGGAAGGCGGCCGAUGGCGGUGACAUCCAUGUGGCUCUGCGGAUUCUUCUGCUUCGCCGCGGGGGCGUUUGUUAAUGCGGCGAGAAUGGGGUGCGCGGCGGUGGCGAUAUUUGCGGUGGCGGCGACGUAUAAUUUGAUGUAUGUGUGUACGGCGGAGCUGUUUCCGACGGAGGUGAGGAACGCAGCGUUGGGGUGCGUGACAUUGGCGGGGCAAAUGGGGGCGGUGGCGGCUCCGGUGGUUGUUGCGGUUGGAGGGAAAUGGGGGUUUGGUGUGUUUGGGGGGUGUGCGGUGGUGGCGGGAGGUUUAGGGCUGAGGUUGCCGGAGACGAGGAAGCAGCCGUUGUAUGAGACUAUGGCGGGGUUGGAGGGGGGAGGGAAAGGAAAGGGAGAAGCAGGAUGA